UUUCCAUUUAUUCCCAUUUUGACGGGUGACGUUUCGAAUUAAGUGUCGUUACAAAGGGUUAAAUUACUCACAUUUCUUGAACAAUGGGUUGUUUGACCAAGGGCCUAUAGUUUCUCCAGAUGUGCCUGCAUUAAUGUAAACUAGUCUCCAGCCCGUCAGCGAUUUUCCACAGUUUAUUUCUGUCCGUAUCGGAUUAAUAAUGUAAUAUAUCAAUGAAUACAAAUCAAUUUUUUCGAGGCUGUGGUGUUAAGUGACUUUUUUGGCAGAACAGUAAAACCAGAACGUGGUAUUUUGUGUGCACUGUGUACAGGGUUCACUGUUCCUGCUGUAUACUUGAAACCGCUAAGAUCAGAUCUACUAUCAUAUCAGAGUCUUGUGGAACUUAAGCCGAGAAGCGCAUUGGAAGCGCAGCUGCAGUUGGCAUUAUCAGCAGAAAAUAGUCUUAUUUUUUUCACUUCGGAUCGAGAAUCGACUCAGCAAAGUUCGGUUUAGCAAAUAGCAGAAUUUCCCCAGGAAUAUGUCUACGCGUCAAGUGAUCUCGUGGCGCAUCUACGUGUAUGCCAAUUCUUUGUACUCGCUGCUACCACGGCAGACGCGCAGCUUCCGCAAGUGGAGCCCUCAGGCGCUUAGAAAAUCCGUGUGCGAUUCACCGCAUCAUGGAGUGGGCGAUCCGCGAUACAGCUGUGGUCGUAUGCAAGGCGGAGACGGUGAAAGCUUUCGAGGCGUUGUACGGCAUGCUGUCGCAUGUCAGCAUGCAGAGCGCCGAUUUCGAGAACACUUUGCUUACCUUCUUUGGGCCCAAGACAAAUCAGUUUAUCCACGAGCUGAUCAACUUUGCCCGCUCGCCGUACGACGACCCGAUCGCCUACGAGUUGAACGUGAAGUAUCGCGCUGUGCACGAUGUGCCGGAUGAUGGAAAUGAUGUGGAAAUGCCGUGCACCUCGGCGGAGGCUCUUAAAAUAGAACAGGAGAGGGCCGUGCGGCAUAGCUUUGUGGAGUUCGCCGCUCGCAUGAAUAACGAUGACUACCUUAGCUUCGACGCGGCCUUGAACAUCGAGGAAGAAGAUUGCUUCACCAUAGACGCGUUGGGGGUCAGCAGGGCUUUCGCAAGCGGUGCCUGCGGGAUAUGCUCAGAUGCCCGGACGGCAACAGCUGUCGCCAAUACAAGAGGAGCAGCGCUCGUACCCUGCUUUGCAGGAGGCCCUAUCAAGGAGCGUGUUGGAUGUGGGUGGCAAUCGUCAGCGGAUGCGCUUGCAGCGCUGCCCUCGGGAACGCUCCCAAACUGGAUGACAUUUCGGGCUCACCUGGAAGCUCGAAGGACUUUGGCUAAUUUUGCUUCUUCUACUGGUUCUAUUAGACGCAGUUUGAGCAGGGAUUUUUUCAUUUCCUGACCUGCAACGUCAGAUAUAAAUUCAUUGAGCAAGAAGUCAGGAAAAA